AUCGGUCCUUUGCUGCUCUUUUUCCUAUCAAUCAGUUCUCUUCUACCCGACAACUUUUAGCUUUGCUGCCACAAGCACCCUUUUUCUUGCCAAUUCCGAGGAAAAGUUACCGUGCCAUAUAUUAACUCGUAGGUUACACGCUACUUCUGCAGUAUGGCGGCGGUAUUGCGGGGGGAUACAUUUGUUCGAGGAAUGAGUCGACGGGCAGCAAUUGGCGGAGGGAGUAUAAUCCAGCGAAGAACUUUCUCGCUCCAAGAGUUGGACGAGAGGAGGGGGAGUAUGGGAGCCCCUGAGCUACCGUAGUCGUCAUGCUUAUACAAUAUAAUUGUGACAAGGUAUCAUGGCUGACAGCUUAUAGGCCGGGAGCGCGUUUUAAUACUUGGCUCCGGAUGGGGUGGCUUCGGGCUUGCCCGACAGCUCGAUCUAAAGCACUACCAACCCCUAAUUAUCACUCCAAGGACAUACUUCGUCUUCACUCCGCUGCUCGCUUCCACCACCGUCGGGACGCUGGAGUUCCGGCUGGCAAUGGAGCAUUCGCGUUCCCGGCCCGGCGUCGAAGUUAUCCGCGCUUGGGCAGAGCAGAUUGAUCUCACGAAAAAGACGGUUACUGUUGAAGGCGCUGUACAGAGCAAGGAUGAGGUGGGGGGUAUCGUCGGUGAUGGGAAGAAGUUUGAGGUGGGAUGGGAUAAAGCUGUUGUUGCCGUGGGAGCUUUCAGUCAGACUUUCGGGGUCGAAGGGGUUAAGGACCAUGCGUUUUUCCUGAAAGACGUGGCAGAUGCUCGGGCCAUUCGGAGGAGGAUACUCGAAUGUGAAUACCCGCAAACCAUUUGUGGAGCGAUCAUAUGGGCUUACUGGUUAAAACUGCUCAACAGGUUUCGAAGAAGCAGCCCUACCAACCGCGAGUGAGGCGCGGAAGAAACAACUUCUACAUUUUGCUGUUGUGGGGGGCGGACGUGAGUCCAUCCUAUUAUAUCUAUUAGUCGUGAGAUGCGCUAAACGAGACAUAGCUACCGGAAUUGAAUUUUCUGCUGAAUUACACGAUCUCUUGUCGGACGAUCUCGCGAAGCUGUAUCCAUCUCUCGCGAAGUACCAUCGCAUCACGGUAUACGAUGUAGCCCCAAGAAUUCUUUCCAUGUUUGAUACCUCCCUAGCGAAGUACGCCGAAAGGGUAUUCUCGCGACAGAAAAUCACAAUAAAAACAAGCCACCACGUGCACAAAGUAACUUCCGAAGCGGUCCACACGCAAGAGGACGGCGAAGUUCCGGUUGGCUGUGUUGUCUGGAGCACGGGCCUGGCGCCCAACCCAUUCCUGACGAAGGGACUAAAAGGCAAACUACAUCUAGAUGAGCGAGGCUCCAAAAUCGUCGUGGACGAUCACCUACGGGCUUCGUCCGUGGACGAAAAAGGCAGCACGCCCUGGCCAUUGGACGACGUUUUUGCCAUAGGAGACUGCGCUCUUAUUGGCGGGCAGGAAUUACCCGCUACAGCACAGGUAGCAGAUCAGCAAGCAAUCUGGCUUGGGAAGACCCUGAACAAGGCAGCGGUCCGCAAAGCUGCAGAAGGGAAAGCCGGGCCCGUUAAGAUACAGGAUGAAAAGAAAUUUAAAUUCAAAAGUCUUGGAAUAAUGGCAUAUCUUGGCGGCUGGAGGGCUAUAACCCAAAGUGGUAGCGCAGAGCUUACAGGGUACGUGCGACUCGUAUUUCGCCACACGUUAGAAAUUUCAUAGGGGAAGAGUGGCUGCUAUGAAGUAUACUCGGCUAACAUUAGGCGCCGCAGACGCAUGGCGUGGGUUCUCUGGAGGACAGCCUACCUGACUAAAAGCGUUAGUUGGAGGAAUAAGAUCUUGAUACCCACUCUUUGGUAGGAUAUUGAGCCCCUUUCCCCGCUCGGCCUACACGAGAGCGAGAGUGGGUCGAUACUGACUUUGUUCCGCAGGUUUACAAAUUGGGUGCUGGGAAGGGAUAUAAACAGAUUUUAGCCUGUGCCCUAGACCAAAUCCAAAGGACGGUGCGGGUAGUGAUUCUUUGGCGGUGUACUGGUCGGCAUGGGUGUGUUAUAGGUUGUUCGGAACUUGAUCAUUUCUGUAUCACUCGCGGCUCUUUCGAUUAGUCAAGCAUCACUCCACCAGAUUUGCAGAUAUUGACGGGAAAGCGUUGACUACCGUCCCCAGGAGGGGUACCUCGGUCACUGCGGCUACGCUGCAUGGGUUCAAGGUUUAUCGAUAUUAAUAACUGCCCUCUGUAUAGGUUAGCUACCUUGACAGCCUUACUUUUUUUUCCACAGCCUUACUACUCGUACAACCCCGAAAUAAAAUACCAACAACCUUGUCCAC